AUGGCCGACGGCGCCGUGACCGAGCAUGAGCAGGACAUUCUGCUGGAGAAGAAACAGGUGAUCACCGUCGCCCAGGGCCGGGACAAGGCCGGCCGGCCCAUCGUCCGCAUCGUCGGCAAGAACUUCCCUGCGCGCGAGCUGGGCGAUGGCGGCGGCGGCCAGGCCGAGGCGGCGCUGAAGGGGUACGUGCGGAGGCGGGUGCUGCCGGCGAUCGGGGACGCGGAGUUCGUGGUGGUGUACAUGCACUCCGGCGUGGACCGCGGCGAGAACUUCCCAGGCGUCGGCGCAAUCCGGGCGGCAUACGAGUCCAUGCCGGCGGCAGUCAGGGAGAGGCUGCACGCCGUGUACUUCCUGCACCCGGGGCUCCAGUCCCGCCUCUUGUUCUCCACCAUUGGCCGGUUCCUCUUCAGCUCAGGAUUGUAUGGGAAGCUGAGGUACGUGAGCCGGCUGGAGUACCUGUUGGUGCACAUGCGCAAGGGGGAGCUGGACGUCCCGGAGGUGGUGCGCCGGCACGACGACGAGCUCGAGCGCCGGCCGCUCAUGGACUACGGCAUCGAGGCGAGCGAACGGUGCGGCGAAUUCGACGCCGCGUCCAUGGACACCACGGCAUCACUGCGUUCGCUGCGCUGCGUCUCCUAGGGCCGGUCGGGCGCGGCCGGUGCCGGUGUUCGCUCUGGUUUCAACGGCCAUUGGAGUAGCUGCUCUGUUUUGUUAGGCCUGUGUGCUGUGCACACUGGAAAGUCUGUACAAAUAGUUGCGUCGGCGGCUUGGCGGGAAGUUGGCGAAUGAUAAGAUGGAACGAUAUAUCCGAGUUUUGUCAAAUUGUCCGCAAUUUAGGUGGUGUUUAGAUUGAGAAAAUUUUUGGGA